AAUAAAUACUUUAGUACCUAAUAUUAGAGUAUCACCACAGACUGUCUGUGAUAUCGCUACAAUGAAAGACCCUAAAAGACCAUUUAUAAAAUCAAUGGCUUUAGGAGCUUUUCGAUAGUUAUGCGAGACAUAAACAUCAUAACGUCUGAUAGCUGUCAGUGUAGGUAGGGAAUGUCAGUCCAGCAAAUCAAAACAAGUAUUUUAUCUGAUUUAGAUUAAUUUUUGUCCGGAAUUUAGUUUGUUUGUGUGGUUAUUUGAAUAGUGAUAUUUGCAAGUGCGAAUGGAUUCUAUCCUGGUCGAUCCGCUGGACUCAACGGCCACAGCUGUACGCUACUGUACGGCUUGUGACAACAAUUCGGCUACCUAUGGUGGCAAAUUCCUGAAAGUACCGAGAAAUCCCGAAGUACGCCUCCAGUGGCUGGUCCGCGUAGGUAUCAUCGAACCAACCGAUCCAUUUCCGGAAACAAAGAUCUUUUACGUUUGCGAUCAUCAUUUCGAUAAACAAAAUGACUUCACGACGGACCGCCGCUUCGGUAUAAGACUCCGAGCGGGGAUCCUUCCAUGGCGAAACCUGAAAACCGGCACCUACAGCUAUCACGGCUACGAAGUACAGACGCCUCCGCCUUGCCAAUGCAGUUGCUGCAAACGCAACGGCUUAGCUGUUACCCUCAACCAACGUCUGGCCACCGUCCAAACGGAUGACGUCGAAUCCCGGAUAGUGGAGGAGGAAAGCAUUCACAUCAUGUUCUUUGCAUCGCAGUGCCGCCUGUGCGUUCGGGACAUAAGUACCAAGGCUAACAACCUGAUGCCACUGUUCUGUCACAAAACCCGAAAGCCAGCCAGUUCCGAUCUCAUGGAAGAGAUUUAUGUGACCGUCGGUCUAUUGUUCACCUACAAAGACGAUAGCGAAGCCUGUAUCUGUAACAGUUGUCUACGACAUGUUCAGAAGGCUUAUCGGUUUCGGUUGCAAACCAGAACUAACAACCGAGCAUUCCUAGCAACACAGGCGAUUCUUCAACAAAACACAAGAAUGCAGAACUUUCAAUUGAAACGGUCGGUGGCAGAAAUAGAACAGGUGGUUGUAGAAGCUUUGGAAGCUGAUCCACCAACACCGGAACCGGUAGUUGACGUUAAGAAAGUCAAGCUUGAGCAGGAAGAAGAAAGUCAAGAUAUCAAGGAGGAGCGUGUGGAAUCUGAUGAAUGGUUGGAGGAAUAUGUGGAGGAGAGAUUGGAAUCCGAUGAAAUAUUGGAUUCUUCUUCGAUUGUAAUGGAAGUCUAUGUAAAGGAAGAAUGUUGAUAUAUUAAUUGAUUUUGUAUUAUAAAAAGAUAAUUUAAUCAUUAGAUAA